CCCAUACCAUGCCCGUCAAGAAGACAGCUAAACAAAGCGCAACCAUAAUCAGUAUUAAUCGCAAGUUACCGGGCUGCGCGGCAUGCUCAGCCGCGUUUCGUUGCGAUUCCAUUGUUGGAAGGGUCGAACAAAUAGGGUGUUAAAGGAAUGAUGAUGCGGUUGAUGCGGUUGAUGGAAAGAAUAUCAGGUACCUAACCUCACCUAUUGAAUGUCAGGCUUGGGCGCUCUUGGGACUCAUUGCAUGGAAUACGUAUUCUCGGAUGGCACGGGUUGGCGCGGGACAAGGACUGUAAUUUUUGAUUUGUUGCCUUUUAGCUGUUGGCUGCGUGUCUCAUGAGAAGCCAACAAAGCAAACAAGCACCUCAACUGCAAGGGAUAUAAGGCUCAGACCAACCCUCCUCGCCAACCAAAAAAGGGAUCUUUCUAAAUAUCUUAGGUACUUAUCCUGCUGUCUCUCUUAUUACCUUUCUAACUUAGGCACCUAAAACGAAAACCCUCUUUUCAGCUACGACCUAUUGUAUCGCUUUAACCAUGGAGUUCCUCGACGUCGCGAUCAUCGGAGGCGGGCCCGCGGGUCUAACUGCCGCAGCAACACUCGCCCGCCAGCUGCACACUGCCGUCGUUUUCGAUUCCAAAACUUAUCGAAACGCGAAGGCGUCCCAGCUGCACAUGGUGCCCGGUUGGGAGAACAGGAACCCCAAGGACUUCCGCGGCGCGACGAAAAACGACAUCGUAGCCAAUUAUUCCGCUACCAUCCAAUUCGCCGACGUCGAAGUGACCAAGGUUGAGAAGGAGACCGACUCCCAUUUCAAGGUCUGCGACGCCCAGGGAAAGGAGUGGAACGUUCGUAAGGUGAUACUUGCCGUCGGAUCGUCUGAUACCUACCCCGACAUCGAAGGCUACGCAGAGUUGUGGACCAAGCGAAUCUUUCACUGCCUAUUCUGCCACGGCUAUGAAGAUCGCGGCGCAUCAUCGUCCGGCGUGCUCGUCGUUUCUCCCAUCUUGGUAGCCGCCAUGGCAGUCCACAUGGCAGAAAACGCGGCCCAGCUCAGCGACAGCGUGACCCUAUACACACACGGCAACUCCGAAAUGGCAACUCAACUCAGCACCAUCGACAAUCCCAAGUUCAAAGUGGAGCCCCGUCAAAUCAAACGUCUGCGAGAGAACGCCGAGGCCAGUUCGGUUAUAGUAGAAUUCGCGGACGGGUCCUGCAAAGAGGAGAAGUUCCUAGUUCACAACCCUCAAACUAGCGUUCAGGGCCCCUUCGUCAGCCAGCUUGGGCUUGCCCUUACACCUAUGGGUGAUAUCCAGGCGGACGCGCCGGUACACCAGUCUAGCGUUCGCGGUGUGUUCGCCGCCGGCGAUUGCAUUACGCCGUAUAAGGUGACGCCGGGCGCUAUUUCGAGUGGUUGCAACGCAGGGGUGGCUGCGAGCACUCAGUUACAGGCCGAGAAGUACGGUCAGCCACCCAUGUUCUAAGUUAAACACACUGAGAUGGACGGCUUCAUGAUCGUUAUGUACGUGCUUAAUAUAUUACGGGCGUUGCUUGACUUCGAACACGAGUGGUGGAAUACCAAUCAUCCCUUACAGACAGCCCUAUAAUGUGGCACUUGGUACCUUAGGUACCUCAUAAGUCAGAUACUACAAACCUACCUCCUACAU